AUGAAGCGCCGCGAGUUGGCGAUUUCAUGGUGGAUUGCCUGCGCGCUUGUCGUCGCGGCCCUCACCAACGCCCGCGCAGAGCGUCUUGACACCAUGCAAGUCCAAGUCCUUAAGGACAUGAAAGCGGCGUGGGGGCUCAACGCCGCAGGCUGGGGCGACGACAAUCCCGACUGCAACACAACGGACUACAUCACCUGCGACGGCAACGGGUGGAUCACGAAAAUGAUCCUGAAAUUAAAGAACCUCGCGGGCACCAUUCCUGCUACCUUCAGUUGGCUUUUUAAACUGGAAGUACUUGACCUCUCAUACAACCGGCUCACGGGCAGCCUCCCUAAUACUUUCACUUCUCUCCUUAAACUGCAAUCCCUAUCUCUACAUGUCAACCAGUUCACAGGCACCUUACCUCAUACCAUUGGAUUUCUUUCAGACUUAACACUCCUAAGAGUUGAUCUCAAUCAGUUAACUGGAUCGAUCCCUGCUCAAUAUGGCCUACUAAAAAAGCUGAUAACUCUGAAUCUGCACUACAACAAGUUCACUGGAUCUCUCCCUUUUGAGCUUGGUGCUCUCACAAACCUAAAAUCCAUGACUCUGUUUACCAAUAAGCUCACUGGACCAAUUCCCAACUCUUAUAGCUCCCUUACUGCCCUGAUUAACCUGUAA